UAAAAUCUUGUUGAAUAUUACUUGGGAGGAUUGUCUUGUUUGUGAUGAACGUUGAGAUAUUCAAGUGUAAUGAAAUUUUCGAAUUAGGGUACUUGGUAAUAAUCCUUAUAUAGUUAUGGUUGAUUCGAGUAUUAUCUAUCACACACAUAUGACUAUAUACAUAAUCUAUAUGUGUCUAUUCGUAUAGUCAAGCAUUUGUUCGUUAGUUGGUUUGACUUUGAAUGAGGGUAACAAAAGUCUAAGAUGACAAAGGCAAUCUUAUUCUUAUGUCAUAUGAAUCUCAUAUUCUAGUUGACAAAAAAAAUCUCAUACUUCUAUAUGCAAUUUUGUUUGUAUGUUUCAUGAUUCCUUCAGUCAGAGCCUAAAUCUCACCAACCACACUACCUACAAUUUUCUAAGUCAAACAGAACCAAAUCCGAAGGAAUUUUAGGCUUUGAUUGUAUUGUACUUUUAGAGUAAAUAUUUACUCUAAAUUUACAUUUACUCUAUGUUCAGCCAAAAACGUGCCAAUCAGGUUAACUACUAACUUUUACCUUUUCAGCUAGCUAGUCACUGUGCAUUCAGAAUAAAACACUCUCUAAUUUUUAUUCUUGAACUUAUAAGAGAUAUAUGAUUUGCGCUGAAUUUUAUUCUCUCCCCACUUUUCACCUUUUUUAUAUUACUCACUUUUCCACCAUUUCAUUUACUCCAUUUUACUCUCACUUUUACCAAUCACUCUCUUAAUCUCUUGACUCUACAUUUUUGUUCGCUUUCUUAAAGUCAAACAAUCUUAGCAACUAAAAGCCAUUCACUCUAGUCAUUUUUUUGGAGUCAAUCUUUACAUCAUUGUUAAUCAUAUUCAUCAUUUUCAAUAAGAAUUUGGAAUAUGCUACUUCGAAGUGUUUUUUUUUUGAAUAUUCAUCAUAUACAAUUUUAUUUAUUUUUUAAUUUUUAUUUCUAAGAAACAUCUUAUUUUAAAUAUUAUACUGUUCGUGAAACAUUUAUUCUUUUAGGUUCUCAAAUGUCAUGGCAAAAUCUUAUAAUAUCACCCACCCAUAUAACUAUAUUUGUACUUGUCAACACUUAUCUAACUAUUUUUUUUUUUGAAAUUAUAUACAGAUAUUUUAACUCCACAAAAAUGAUCUAAACUAGUCACGUGUUACUACGUGUCAGUGCCAUAUCUCUAACGAUAUCGAAUUGUUAAUUUUUUAGUGGCCGAAAAUCGUAUUCUGGUAACUUUACCGUAUUGAGUUUUUGUCCUAAGUUAGAUCACCACCACCGACUAUGUUCUGUUCUUACCUUACAUGUUCGAAAUAAAUGGUCGACUUCUCUGUAUUUCUCUCAUUUUGAAUUUGAGUUUUCAUGAUAUAAAAUUAUAAAAAGGACAAAGUAUCUCGUUUGUAUAUAUCCGAAUACUAUUUGGUAAUAAAUGCAAUUUCAAAGCACAAUUCAUACACUCAAUCUCUUGCAUAUUAUUUUCAAAUCACAUUUAUUGCUACAAAACAUCUCAUUUUUAUAAUUACUUCUCAAGAGUAUUUAUGGUGAAAGCUAGAUAAAACUAAUUAAUUUAAUGUGCAUUCAAUGAAACCCUCUCACCUCUUGUGUGUGUUAUAUUUAUCUAUAUAUAACAACAACGAGUAACAUGAAGACGUCAACUUUCUUUUAACUCUCAAGAACAACAACAAUAGUUUUAACCAAGUGUUUCUUAUUCAGAUUCCUAUAGAUUUAAAUAUAUGCAAGAAACAUGAAUCAGCAAGAAACCGCGAGUACUCUUGAACUUGAUCUGAAACUAAACAUAUUGGAUUCAUCUUUGCCAACUGAUGAGAGCCCAUCUUCGUCGUUGUGUUCGGAGGAAGCUGAAGGUGGAGAAGGAGAGGCUAAAUCGAUUGUGGUCGUUGGUUGCCCUAAUUGCAUCAUGUACAUCAUCAUGUCUUUGGAUAGUAACCCUAGAUGCCCUAGAUGCAACAGCCAAGUUUUGCUUGAUUUUCUCACAAGAAACAAUAGCCAAAAGAGUAUUAAUUAAAAAAAUAUCCAACUAAGAAUGUUCUUUUUUUUUCUUGAUUUAUUGCCUCAUAUAUUGAUAGUUUAAACUACUCUACGAUGAACGGAUGUAUUCAUAAAACCGAAAUUCUAUAUACUUCUGUUUUUCAAGAACAUCGCUGAUCACUUUUAUUAUUUGUAUAAUUGUAUUAAAGUUAAGCGAUAAAUAUUAAUUCUUUGCAACAGGCGAUUGCAAAAAAAGACUAAUAUAUAAGAUUACAAAGAUUUUUUUCCAGUGGUGGAUUAUGGAUAUUAAUGACGGGUACGUAUUGUCUUCAAAACAGUGAUGGUAUUCCGUUUUGGGUAAUGGGUAGUCGUACUAGCUUGGCAUUUCUUGACCAUUGCAAUAUGUAGUUUUAUAAAUAGAAGGGAAAAUUGUUUUAUAGGCCAAAAAUAGUAAUUAUGUCCCAUUAGACUAAAUUCUAUUUUAUACUAUUUUGUCUCUAAUGCCUUAUUAUUUUUGAAAAUAAAUUAAAUAAAAAGUUUUACAAACAAAUUUUUCUUAGAAAAUAGUAAUUACUGAUGAAAUACAUAUAUAAACUUAAUGGUAUUUUUUUCAGUUCUAAAAAUAUUUAAAUCAUAAUUUCAAAUUAUGUUCUAUAUAAGUAGAAUUGACAUUCUAUGAAUUAGAAAAUGAUAUUCAUUUUUUUCAUUGAAUCUACUAUGUUUAGAAUACAUGAUUUACGUAAAUAAUAGUACUUUAAAAAUAUUUAUAAUACACAUUUCGUGCUUAACCUAUCGCUCUAAAAUCUGUAGAAAUCAGAAUGUACAAAUUACUAUAAAUCUAAAACCUGCAGAAAUCGAAAUCUACGCAUUACUAUAAAUCUAAAACCAGUAGAAACCGAGUUCUACAAAUUUACUGUAAAUCUAAAACCUAUAGAAAUCGAAAUAUACACAAUCUUAUAAAUCUAAAAACCUGUAGAAACCGAGUUUUCUACAGAUUUAUUGUAUUCUACAGAUAAUAAUAAUCAGUUCCAAAAAUAUGGAAAGAAAAUAUUUGAAAAUAUUAUGUUUUCAUAUAUGAAAAAAAAUCGAUUUUUCAGGAAAAAAAAAU